GUCGGCAGUCAAACGCACUAGAAGAAGAGUUGCGGUCUGUCAGUGAAGGUGACAGUCAUGGCGGCGGCAGCAGCGGUGCUUCGUGGGAUCGGUGUUAAUCUGUCGAAGAAUCUGCGUGAGAUCCGCCUGCAUUUAUGCCAGACUUCUGCUGCCAGCCAGGGAACGAGGGAUUUUAUUGAGCAGCAUUAUGUUACAUUAAAGAAGGCAAACCCUGAGUUCCCCAUCCUUAUCCGAGAAUGUUCAGGCGUUCAGCCCAAACUCUGGGCACGAUAUGGUUUUGGUAAAGAACACAGCAUUUCAUUGGAGAACAUGAACGUGGAGCAAGUGGCCAAGGCACUGGAGAGCGUUGUAAAUGCAAAGUCCUGAUCAAACCACAUUGGAAAAACGGCAGCUGGCAGAAGGAAGUGCCUGCCAAUGUCUGUCGGAAGAGUAGGAGGAACGUGCUGCUGGAAGCCGCAAAUCAACGAAUGACAACAGUAAACAGACACUUUUCUCAGUGUAAGCAGUUGAGUUCAUAAAAUAAUUAUAACAUAUUUCUUCAAUAUGUAUAAAGAUUCGACUUAAUAUUGUUAACAUUGUUAUUAUCACAAGUCUUGAAUUCUGAUUUAUAUCAUUUGAAAUUACAACCGCACUAAUGUGAAACUGAACUUAAAAUGUUUGCAUUCAGCAAUAAAAUAUAAGGUUAAAUAAAUGUCUAUAGAAAACAAAAUGCUGUCAUCAUUCAGACAACAGGUAUGUAAUUCCUGUUUAUGAUAUGAAUUGCAUAACUAGAAUUGCACAGUAUUUCUGCCUGAAAUUAAGAAAAUUGAUAACUGAAAACAAUGUAAGCUUAAUUAAGCUUAAUUUUACUGCUCCCAAAAGGCAAAAAGCAGUAGUAUUUUGUCAAUUUUAAGUUAUGACCAAAACUGUCUCUCUAUAUACAGUGUUUGCUCAACUAUGCUCAGAUUUAGGGAAAGCGAAGACUGUUUUAUAAUGUGUGUGUGUGUGUAAAUACUUGUGUUGGUGUAUCAUUUGGCUUUGUAGGGCAGUAGUAGUGAAUUGUUGUUUAAUGUUAAUUUUUAUUCUGUUGUUGGUCUUGUAUUACUGUCAAACGUAUUUGUGCAUUUGAGUUGUAUUGAAAACUACACAAAUGAGUAGCAUCCACAUAUGAUUGGGUACAGCGGGGCUAAAGGCACACUAAGGAAAAAUUAGCUUUUUUUUUCUGGUCACAACGUGUAUCAAGAUUUAAGAAAUACACUUAUUUGUAUUGAAUAUUGAUGAAGCAACAUCAUUUGUGUGAAAAGAAAUAACAAUGUUGUUUUGAAUACAAUUCAUUUACACACACACACACACACACACACAAAAAGGUGGUGACAAACUACAACACAUAGAGACUGUAUCACUUAAAUAUCACAUAAAGACUGUGUCUGUUCCCCAAACUACCAAACACAAACCCCUCACUAAAUCAUUUAGAAAAAAUCUGAUUAAGGUCAAACUUUAAAAAAACAAAAACAAUUAAAGAUAAACAACAUUUAAAGGUAGGACAACCAAACAUUAAAUCUCUUUCUACCAAAACACUAAUUGUAAAUGAAAUUAUUACAGAUCAUAGUUUGGAUGCGCUCUGUUUGACUGAAACCUGGCUUAAUCCGGAUGAAAAUAUUAGUUUAAAUGAAUCUGCUCCCCCAGGUUAUUGUUAUAAACAUGAGCAUCGUCUGAAAGGUCGAGGAGGAGGUAUUGCUACAAUUUACAGUGAAGUUUUUGGUGUUACUCAGAGGACAGGAUAUAAGUUUAAGUCUUUUGAACUAAUAAUGCUUAAUAUGACACCAUCAGAUACAAAUAAAAAAUCUCUUUCAUCUGUCUACAGUAUAUAGAUCACCCGGGCCUUACUCUGGUUUCCUUGGUGAAUUUGCAAAUUUUCUAUCAGAUCUAGCAGUUAAUGUAGAUAAGAGCUUUAAUUGUUGGUGACUUCAACAUUCACAUAUAUAAUGAAAAUGACACAUUGGGAUUAGCAUUUAUCGAUAUUCUAAACUCUCCUGGAGUCAGACAAAAUGUGACAGGACCAACUCAUCACCAUAAUCAUACGCUAGAUUUAUUUCUGUCAUAUGGAGUUAAUGUUGAUACUGGAGAAAUUCUACCGCAGAGUGAUGACAUCUCAGAUCAUUACCUCGUCUCUUGUUUGCUGCAAUCAGCUAAUGUUACUCUAUGGUAAAACUAUUCUUUCGACCACUAAAGAUAGCUUCACUAAUAAUGUUCCAGAAUGGUCUCACAUACUCAGUAAGCCAAAAAGUCUAGAAGAACUUGAUGAAAUAACAGAAAAUAUAAAUACAGUCUUCUCUAGCACUCUUCAUAGUGUCGCCCCCCUUCAGUUAAAGAAAAUGAAAGAAAAAAGCCCUGCACCAUGGUACAAUGAUCACACUAAUGUUCUCAAGAGAGCAGCUCGUAAAAUGGAGCACAAGGGAAGAAUACAAAAUUAAGAGGUAUUUCGUGGUACAUGGAAGGAUAGUGUCUGUAGUUACAGACAGGCACUAAAUGCUGCCAGGUCAGCAUAUUUUAGCAAACUCAUAGAAAAUAACCACAACAAUCUUAGGUGUUCAAUCACUACUGUGGCUAAAUUGGUAAGGAAUAAAGCCUCAACUAAACCAACUAUUCCGUCGCAGCACAAUAGUAAUGACUUCAUGAAUUACUGAUAAAAUUGAAAUAAUCAGAAAUAAAAUUGGAAUUAUGCAAUCAACUGUCACAGCACCUCAGAAAACAGUGUCUCAUAAUUUUGCUCACGAGCAACUUCAAUCCUUAGCUGUUGUAGGUCAUGAAGAGCUAACAAAACUUAUCAAAAAAUCAAAAGCCACAACAUGUUAGAUCCAAUACCAACUAAGCUCUUAAAAUAGGUAUUCCCAAUAAUCUCAGAACCUCUUGUUAAUAUUAUUAACUCCUCGCGCUGUUCAGGACGCAGGCACACUCAUUCAGUUUAAGUCUAGACUAAAGACUCAUCUAUUUAGCCAGGUAUACACAUAAUUUAUCCUUCAACUUACAAUUAGGCUGCUUUACUUAGGUCUGCCGGAACCAGAAACAUCCAUCAUGAUCUAUAACUCUGCAUAAAAUAGAAUGGCAUCUAUGCUAAUAUUAUUCUAUUUGUUUCCAUGUC